UUUAAUUUUUGUAGUCAUCAAUUCAUCGUGUGCGAAUUAUCGUAUUUUAAUUUAUGGUGGUACUAGUUACAUAAAGUAUUUGGUUUUUUGAAAGUUCUGUUCCUGUGGAGUGAAUACGUUGAAACAGUUUGAAAUUUCUCAAGGAGGUUGGUAUAAGGUUCAUAAAAAUUCUCAAUACAUGUUUGUGAUGACUGCUUACAACAUUAUCACUUAGGUUUGGAUUGAAACAGUGUCUUGAACGAGAAUUGAAAAUGGCUGAAAUCACUUCUGACAUGUUCGAUAUUUUUCAUCCGACUCCAGCUCCUCUGAGAGACUUAUCAGCGAUCGUCAUUAGCCUCGAAAUAUGGCGCUACGAAAUAAAUAAAUACCGUUCGAGCAAUACAUUGAAAGAAUUUCGUCCAUCUGGUGAACUUAUCUCAUUGAGAACUGUAAUACGGAUACUCAUUCCUGACUUGCCAUUUGUGAUUUAUCGUAUGAUCGAUAAAUAUGUCAAAAUAUUCGGGCAGUCGAUGGAUAUUUGGCUAAUGAGACAUAGUAUAACUGUAUUUCAUGUUCGUAACGACCAUCAAAAUUCUGUUUUGGAACACUUCGAAGAUUUUGUAUGCGAUUACGACGGAACCAUUCAUUACGAGAGGACUGCCAAACGAAUGAUGCAGUGUGAUCGAUUCGAUGUGCAUCAAAAGUUCUUAAUCGCUUGUACGUAUUGUUUCAAAGACGAUAUCAUACGAAUUUGGCCACUUGAAUUGAAAAAGACAGACUCGCUGUAUAAAAAAUAUUCUGAAAAUCCGCAAUUCGUGUAUUGGAUUAAAUUUCUCGAAAAUGAUAUCAAGAUAACCGAACCUCCUAUCGAAGAACUGAUGUUUGAUAAAUUCAUGCCUCACAAUAGACCAUCGUUGGAAUAUUUUUGGAAUCUCAUUCCAUCGGAGAAUCGUCUGAGGAAAGCCAUCGAUCUUUUUCUCACUGAUUUACACUCGUUUAUUCGAUUCAUUUUACCAAAAUUGGACGAUCAACAGCUCAUCGAAUUUCUUCGUGAAAAUGGCUGUGAAUUAUUAUACGCUUUGUUGAAACAAUCUUGUUAUAAUGAAAAAGUCAUUCGAUCGACGUGGUUUUACGUUAAACACGCGAUGAACGAGAUUAAUUUCACAAAUCUGAUCGUGAAAAUGAUACGAAGUGAGGUAUUGGGAUAUGUAAGUUCCGGAUUCGAGCAAGAUGACUACAAUUUGGCGCUGGGCAAAUUAUUCAGCCGUGAUAGUCGGGAUCUUGAACAUUUUCUUCAAUUAUGUUUUGAAAUAUGGAACACUGCUGCAGAAGAUUUGAAAAGUUCGGUUGUUAGAGACAUUACAUCGAAUAACAGAUUAUUUAAUGAUAUAGAACUCCUACUCUAUGUUGUAUUUCCACCCAGUUCGAGAGAAGUUAAGUUCUUAUUGGCAAUCCUUUCUCAGGCCACCUAUGAGCAGAGGAACGCUUUCUGGCAUAAUUGCUGGCAAUAUUUGAUUAAUAAAACACGGCUCGAAGAUUUAGAUAAAAUAAUGCGGCUAUGUUUACGAGAUGAAGAUGAGAUUAUUGAAUUCAAGAAAAACAUCAUGACCGAUAACGAAAAUGCACUUCAUUUUUGUUGUACUUUAUUAACCUUAACGUAUUUCGAUGAAUUGAAUCGAGUCGUGGAAUUUUUACUACCGGAAAUACAAGCAGCGAGAAAUUUUAAACAGAGAAUAUUACGAUUAGCUUUCUUCAAUGUUCGAUUUUGUGAUUUUUGUAUAGAGAUCCUCCAGAAACCAAAAAAACUCGACGAAUUUAUCAACGAUGCUUAUAACAACGUCGAUCAGUCUACAGACUUUAAGAAUACCCUUAUGUCGUCACCUUUAGUCCUAAAACGUUUAUCAGCCUGUGCUUUAUUCGUUUCUAUAGAACAGCUUGUUGAGUUUAUUGAUACUUUUGUCUCGACUGAGCGAAUUCUUCUCGAGGUAAAAACUAGUGUAAUUGAUUUUUUAAAGAAUGAUGCAGCUAAUUUUAAACAUGAGGUACCGAAAUCUUCGUUCACUUCUCUUUUAUCGUGGUGUUUGGAAGGUAAUGAGGAAGUUUCGAAAUUUGAGCUGAGCUAUUUAUGAUGUAGGUGGUUUUGAUGCAAUGAUCUAAUAAUCGCAUCUCGUCGAAUGAUUUUUUUUGUGAUAUUCGUGUUCUGGGAUCUAGAGUUUUACAUUCUUAUUAUCUCUUUAAUUGUUUUAUUUUUUAUAUUUUUUUAAAUUUUGUAACUUCAUUGAAUUUUUGUGUAAGAAAUCCAUAUUUUAUAUCUAUUAUGUUUCAAUCAUGUAAAUCAGUAAUCAAUUACAAUCAACUAUGCAAAAGUAUUAUUGAUGUCAAUCUUGA